GGCGCCGCUCGCCCGCCCUCCCCACCCAGGUCGCCCCCCUCGGGGAGAGGCGCAGGCGCCUCCCGCAGCCUCCCUGCCGCUUAAAAGCCCUGGUCGGCGCCUUCCUUUUUAGCAGCCUGCCCUCCGCCGGCCGGGCGGAGGUGGGGCGUCCCGCGCGCGGGGCUCCCGCCGGGUCCGCUCCCCGAUGGCGCGCAGGGCCGAGCCCCCCGACGGGGGCUGGGGGUGGAUGGUGGUGCUGUCCGCCUUCUUCCAGUCGGCGCUGGUGUUCGGGGUGCUCCGUUCUUUCGGCGUCUUCUUCGUGGAGUUAGUGGCGGCGUUCCAAGAGCAGGCGGCGCGGGUGUCCUGGAUCGCGUCCAUAGGGAUCGCCGUGCAGCAGUUCGGGAGCCCCGUGGGCAGCACCCUGAGCACGAAGUACGGGCCCAGGCCCGUGGUGAUGGCAGGGGGCGUCUUGGCUGCGUCGGGGAUGCUGCUCGCCUCCUUUGCUACCUCCUUGACCCACCUAUACCUGAGCAUCGGGCUGCUCUCAGGCUCUGGCUGGGCCUUGACCUUCACUCCAACCCUGGCUUGCCUGUCCCGGUACUUCUCUCGAAGGCGAUCCCUGGCCACCGGGCUGGCACUGACGGGCGUGGGUCUGUCCUCCUUUGCCUUCGCCCCACUUUUCCAGUGGCUGGUCAGCCGCUACGCCUGGCGGGGGGGCCUGCUGCUGGUGUCUGCUCUCUCCCUCCACCUGGUGGCCUGCGGCGCCCUCCUCCGCCCACUCUCCCUGACGGAGGACCCUGCCGUGGGUGGCCCUGGGGCCCAACUCACCUCCCUCCUCCGUCAUGGCCCCUUCCUCCGUUACACUCUGGCCCUCACCCUGAUCAACACGGGCUACUUCAUCCCCUACGUGCACCUGAUGGCCCACCUCCAGGACCUGGAUUGGGAGCCGCUGUCUGCUGCCUUCCUCCUCUCUGUGGUGGCUAUAUCCGACCUCGUGGGACGUGUGGCUUCUGGGUGGCUAGGGGACACAGUCCCAGGACCUGUGGCUCGACUCCUAAUGCUUUGGACCACACUGACUGGGGUGUCACUGGCCUUGUUCCCCGUGGCUCGGACUCCCACGGCCCUGAUGGUUCUGGCCGUGGCCUACGGCUUCACGUCAGGGGCCCUGACCCCCGUGGCCUUCUCCGUGUUGCCUGAACUGGUGGGGACUGGAAGGAUAUACUGCGGCCUGGGAAUGGUGCAGAUGGUCGAGAGCAUCGGGGGGCUGCUGGGGGCCCCUCUGUCAGGCUACCUCCGAGAUAGGACCGGCGACUACACAGCUUCCUUUGUGGUGGCUGGUGCCUUCCUUCUGGUAGGGAGCGGGAUUCUCCUCACGCUGCCUCACGUCUUCUGCUUCUCGGCCUCUGCCUCCAAGCCUCAGGACUCCGGGACGGAGGCCGUCCAUACCAAAGUCUCUCUGACCAGGAAAGGGCUGCAGGAGGACUGAACUCUGCAAAGGGACUGUCAGACUUAGAAAGGGGUCUUCUGUCCCAUCCUGGUGCCCACAGAAACACCGUGCCCAAGAACAAGGCCUCUUGACCCGCCUCCCCCCAGGCCAGUGUGUCGAGUGUGCCAACCUUUUGUACCUCUCAGGCCUUCUUCGCUCCCAUGCCCUGGAUCCUGAAGCUCAGCCUUCCCCCCUGAGCCGUGAAUCAGCCAUGAACACCAAAGGCCACGAUCUUAACGCAUCCUACAUGUGAUCUCUACGUUGCCUGCAAGCUUUCUUCUCUGAAGGCUGAUGUUUUGGGAAAGAGGGAUGCCCUUAUGAGAUAAAUCAACAGGAGGGAACUGGAUAAUAAUCAGAACCUCAAAAAGA